AUGGUUCUCGGACCUAGUGUCCUUACUAGACGGCUCCCCAAUGGAGCUUCCCCUCAGACAGGAUCUCCUGUCGCAAGCGGGCGGCUCGAUAAUACAUCCCCGCCCAGAACUGUGGAAGCUAUGGGCCUGGCCUCUGAGGGGGCCAGGUUCAUAGAUGCUGGUCUUCCAACUGAGGUUGUGGAGACCAUCCUUAACUCCAGAGCUCCCGCCACGAGGAAGCUUUAUUCCUAUAAAUGGAAUUUAUUUUCUGCUUGGUGCAGACAGAAUAAUAUGGACCCUGUCCACUCUCCUAUCAGCUUUGUGCUAAGAUUUCUCCAAGAAAAAUUCUCGGAGGGCCUAUCGCCUUCAACCUUGAAGGUUUAUGUCGCGGCUAUCUCAGCCUUUCAUGCUCCUCUUGAGGGUGGCUUCUCGGUGGGUCGAGACCCCCUCGUUACUCGCUUCCUCCGUGGCACACUGAGGUUGAGGCUGGCCUGGGACCUGGCUGUGGUAUUACAAGGUAUUUUCCACCACUGUAUAAUAUGUGUGUUUGGUGUUGCUGGCAAUGGAUUAGUCAUCUACAUCACAGGCCUCAAAAUGAAAAGCACUGUCAAUACCAUCUGGUUUCUCAACCUGGUGGUAGCAGGCUUCCUAUUUUCAUUCUUCCUGAUCUUUAAUGUAAUUCAUGAAUACCAUGAGUUCAACUGGCCUUUUGGUGACUUAAUGUGCUUCUUGAGCAGCCUGGUGACCAUGUUGAAUAUGUUUGCCAUCAUCUUCCUGCUGACAGCGAUCAUCAUCAGUCUGGACCGAUGUCUGUGCACAUGGAUGGUUGUUUGGGCUCAAAAUAACCGAACUGUACUGAGAGCCAGGAUCAUCUGCGUGAUUGUGUGGGUUUCAUCCAUCAGCUGCAGCAUCCCUUCCUCCGUGAAUGUGUUUCCUGCUAAGUUUCUGGUCACAUAUAUAUUUUUAGUGGGCUUUCUCAUCCCCUUCCUGAUCAUUGCAUCUUCACACAUUGCUGUUGGAGUACGAAUCAAACGACUCAAAAUGGGGAAGCAGCACAGGUCGUACCGGGUCAUUAUCGCUAUCAUCCUGACUUUUUUCGUAUGUUGCUUUCCAUACCAUGUUUGCAGUUUUUGUAAAAUAAAAAUGGAAAACUGGAGUGCCAGUGAUGAAGAAGUAUUUCUGACAGCAAUAAAAUUCAGUAUCUAUCUGGUUUUUCUAAACAGCUGUCUGAACCCCAUUCUCUAUGUGUUCAUGUGUGAUGAAUAUAAGAAGAAGCUGAAACAGUCUCUGCUGCUGGUGUUGGAGACAGCGUUUUCUGAAGAACAUCUGAUCUUUAAAGGAAGGCAGAUACAAAAGGAUGAGCAGAACAAGAAAAACACCUUUGAAUUGUUAGAUAAGUAGAAAAACUAAAUGAUUUUGACCACCAUAACUAUCCGUUUCAGUUCUGUGCCUCAGUUUUCUCUUGUUUCUCUGUUUCUGUUAGUCUUUAUAGGUUACAAACUGUUUGAUUAAGUGGUCACAUGGUGUUUCAUGAUUCUUUGAUUUGUUCUGUCUAUUUCAGCUCUGUGUUUCUUUCAGUUCAUUGUCAGUUCUGCUUCAUUUUGUUGAAAUUUAUUCUCUGUUUCUUUUGUUAAUAAAAUACAGACUGCUGCAUUUAGAUCCUUUUCUCCUCAUUGCAACCAAUUUGUGA